CGUCAAGAACCUUUAUUUUGCUGCUCGCUACAAGUAUUCAUUUCGGGGAUGCGAAAGUUUGUUUUGUUUAAAUCGUUUUUUCAUUUGUGACAAUAAUUUAAAGCACUAAUAAGAACAAUACGAUCAGUACCAAAACAUGUUUAAGAAUGUCCUAAGGACAUCGUCUGUGCGGGCAGCUGUCAGUGCCCGCACCAGGCAUCUGCGGGAAGCCCGUCGCUUGCAAUCCCACAACUGUCUGACAGGUAGCAAGAACGACGGGCGAGCCAGGAUCACAUCCGCCGAUUUGGACAUUCUUUGCGGACCAUUAAGCAUGGUGGGUGGCCGAUCGACUGCGCUAUGUGCGAACGAGGUGUACGCCCUCGCCGGAUGUUUUAACUGUGAUUACACUCCCUCCUGCCGAUAUGAACAAAGCCUUAACAGAGCCAUUAAUGCCGAUGCACGCAACCUGCUGGUCUACAUCGACGUCGAUGGGAGUCUGCACAACUGCCCCGUGAACGGUCAGGCUGAGAUGGUCAGUGUUCUAGGUGCCAUGUUUUGGGUGCCAUGUGUGCUAGUUCCCUUGCAGAUUUGCGAAGCGGAAGGCAAGAAGGCCACCGAGGCUGACCGCACCGUUUUCCGUAUGGCCAGCACCAAUUACACGCCCGGACCGAAUGUCGAGCGGCUGGCAGAUGCUCUGAAAACUGGACGUAGAUUUAUACUGAGCACCAAGACCGAGUUCACUGCCGACGGGCGCAACCUAAGCCAGUAUGGCGCCUUCAUCGUGGUCUGCAAGAAAGGUACCGGGGAUCAGCCUGCCUUGCCGCGAUUCGAGCCCGUCAACGCGGUCAUCAGGAAUAUCACCGAGGUGGACUCUGCAGCUGUCAAAUGCUCAGCAGUGAUUCGCCUUCCGGAAGGAAACGAUUUGGGUGGGAAGCGUCUGGUAUAUGAUCCGACCGGACCUCUUAACCGUGAUUACGAUGACGCUCGCCGAUGUGAGGAAGCGGCUUUCGAAGUCGUUGACCGGGCCAUUGCUCCUGGUGAAUGCAAUGCGUUCGUCUAUAUCGAGGACGACGAGAACCUGGACAGUUGUCCCGUGUACGGUCAGGCUGUGUUGGUCACCCUUCUGGGUGUUGCGCGAGCCCUCGGCGUUGUGGACUCUGCUGCUCACGAAUGCCCGGUAGUGACUCCGGACGGAAAUAACUUGGGUGUGAAGCGUCUGGUGUACGCUCCGACCGGACCUAUUAGCCGUGAUUACGACGACGCCCGCCCCUAUGAAGCUGCUUUUGAAGGCGUUAAGCGAGCCAUUGCUGCUGGUGCACGCAACCCUUUCGUGUACAUCGACGUCGACGAGAAGCUGAACAGCUGCCCCGUGUACGGUCAGGCGGAGCUGGUCAGUGUUCUGGGUGCUAUGCGAGCCCUCUACGUUCCCUUGGAAAUCUGCGAAACGGAAGGCAAGAAGGCCACCAAGGCCGACCGCAUCGCCUUCCAUAUGGGCAAUACCAACCGCAUGGCUGGACCGAACGUCGAGAAGCUGGCCCAUGCUCUGGAAGCUGGGCGCAUCGUCACCCGUGACAUCGGUGGCUCCGAUCCCGAGCGCAUGGCCUCUCCUUGCGUUGCGGAAUACGUUAAAGAGACCUUCUCCGGGGUCAAAGAGAUCAAGAUCGAGUACAUCACCGAUCAGAAGAAGCUGGAGGAGUUCCCGUUGUUAGGCGCCGUUAAUCACGCUGCUUCCGUGAUUGACCGAUAUCACAUCAAAGUCAUGAUCCUGGCAUAUGUCGGUGAAGGCGAAAUUACCGAGAACGUUUUCUUAGUCGGAAAGGGUAUUGCUUAUGACAGUGGUGGAGCCGAUAUGAAAGCGGACGGUGUCAUGGCUAGAAUGCACCAGGACAAAUGCGAAGUGGCGGCUGCAUCUGGCUUUUUCAAGAAUCUCUCCAUCCUUAGACCGAUCGAGGAGUAUGUCGACGAAGGCGAAAUUACCGAAAAUGUUUUCUUAGUCGGAAAAAACACUGAUGGAGUGGAUGUAAAACCGGGCAGUGUCGCGGCUAGAAUCCACCGUGACAAAUGUGGAGCGGCUACCGUAACCGCCUUUUUUAAGUCUCCAUGUGUGAUCUCCCAGCACUUGCUGCGUUUGGCCAAUCCCCACAUCUCCUCACCAUGCAUUCGUGUAAUGAGAUGUUUCCAUUCCGCCGGCGCCAGCCUUAAUGCUGCGAAAAAACAGACAGUAUUGCAAAAGUUGCUAGCUUCUCUUCAGAAUGCGCACUUAAAAACAGCAAGUGCGCAAGUAAAAAGACCAGGUCUUGUGGACGCUGCGGAAGAAGUUUUAGAGAAGUUCCUUAAGUUUUCGGAUUCCGGUUUCUCCAGAUAUGUCCAAUUUGAAUAUCGUGCUGCGCUCAACGCGGGAUUUAAAUACGAAUCGUAUAUGCACGGCCCAGUGCAUAACCUUCUGGCGGAAGUGUUUCCAUUGAAGGAGCUAUAUCACAUUGAACCCCAGAGGAGACACUAUUACGAUGAAACCUUGUUUGUUAUACCCGACUAUAUGAUGGCGUUCAAAUCAUGUAAAUAUUCUGUCUACGGCCCAGUAUGGAACAACGAAUACGUCCUAAUAGUGGAGUUAAAACUUAGCGUUGGCAAUGUGGUUGACCAGCUGACGGCUUACGCUUUGUCCGUGUUCGAGUCCGACCGGAGUCGACAUGAAGAGCUGUACAUUAUCCACAUGCUGCCGGACAAAUGGAUGUAUUAUCAUGCUCUGAAAGAUCCCGUAUCGCCGCUUCCAGUACUUCGGGCAUGCUCUCCUUGGAUUUUUGACCCGUUAAGCAAAGAGUCUUUUGACACUUUAACUGAACUUAAGGCAAAGAUUGAGGCACUUCGUCCCUCAAUGCAUGCCACUAUUCGCAAACACCUAAAUUGAUAUUCUCACCGUAUAGCUUUGUACUGGCAGUGCUGAGAAUC